AUGUCUGCCAACGGAAAGCCUCCUCUAGGCUACAGGUGGCGCUCUUCAAGCGGGUUCAUCCUGUCUUGCAUGGCCCUGGCUCUCUUUUCAGGGAACUUCCUAUACAGCUACAUUGUUCCAAUCCUUCCAGAUAUGCUCGAGACCCGCCUUCACGUUCCAAAAUCUCAAACGCAAGCGACGACCUCGCUUGUACUUUCAGCCCAUGCGUUAGCUUGCUUGAUUGCGGGACCCCUCACAGGCUACCUCGCGGAUAGGGCCCCAAGUCGACGGUUCUCUUUGAUUGCUUCCUUGGGAGUUGAAAUGAUUGGGACUGUUAUCAUUAUGGUAGCGCGAACGGUCCCCGUCCUUGUUCUGGGACGAAUUAUCGAAGGUCUGGGAGGGAAUUGUAUUUGGCUCGUCGGGCUCGCAACUGUAGCUGAAACAGUUGGGCCUAAUCAUACUGGGGCAGUAAUGACAACAAUAUCUUCAUUCUAUGCUAGUGGGAUGAUCUUAGGCCCAGUUAUAUCUGGCUUACUACUAUCGACUGUGGGCUACUAUGCCACCUGGUCCGUCGCUCUUCUCGUCCUUGGCUUUGAUAUGAUGAUGCGGUUGGUUAUGAUAGAAAAGAAACACGAGGAACAGACGAAUCUCGCCGAGGGACCAUGCAACAACAAUGAUUCCGUAGAAGGCGAGGCUGAAAAUGCAAGAGCGAGCAGUGAAAGUACCGCUGAUGAAACAUCUAGUCUCAUCAGGUCUUCGCAGAACGAACGACCCAAUUAUGGAUCACAGCCGGAUUCAAAUUCAGUUUCCCAAGAGCCGGAAAUGGCCGUUGAGCCCCCCGGACAUCAAAGCGUAUACAAGGCGAUGUUGACAAACCCCUGUGCCCUCGCCAGUUUGGCCGGGCGUAGUGCAAUGGCCGUGAUUAUGGUCAGCUUCGACACCACUCUACCUCUACAUUCCAAGAAUGAAUUUGGCUGGAAUGCUGCUCGCGUUAGUUUGAUGUUUCUGCUUCUCCAGUUGCCUGCUAUCUUUCUAGCCCCAUUCAGUGGCAUGUUGAAAGAUAAAUUCGGAACCAAAUUCCCGACAGCUGCAGGAUUCUUCGCCAUUUCAAUUUUUAUAUGGUUAAUGGGUACCCCAGGGAAAGACGGUCUUCCUUUUGCAGGAGUUGGAGGAAGGGGCCAGGCUAUUUUUAUGACAGCAAUUGUGGGGGUUGGCACCGCACGUACUUUGAUUAGCGGCUGUGGCACCAUUGAGUUGACUAGUGAGUCCAGUCUGUUCAAAAUACCUCUGCUAUUGCCGUUCUAA